AUGUCCAUCCAAAUUGAGCAUCCUGCUGGUGGUUACAAGAAACUAUUUGAAACUGUGGAGGAACUUUCCUCGCCCCUCACAGCUCAUGUUACAGGCAGGAUGCCCCUCUGGCUCACCGGCAGUCUUCUUCGAUGUGGCCCAGGGCUCUUUGAAGUUGGAUCUGAACCAUUUUACCACCUGUUUGAUGGGCAAGCCCUCCUUCACAAGUUUGACUUCAAAGAAGGACACGUCACAUACCAUAGAAGGUUCAUCCGCACUGAUGCUUAUGUCCGGGCAAUGACUGAGAAAAGGAUCGUCAUAACAGAAUUUGGCACCUGCGCUUUCCCAGAUCCCUGCAAGAAUAUAUUUUCCAGGUUUUUUUCUUACUUUCGAGGAGUGGAGGUUACUGACAAUGCCCUUGUUAAUAUCUACCCAGUGGGUGAAGAUUACUAUGCCUGCACAGAGACCAACUUCAUUACAAAGAUUAAUCCAGAGACCUUGGAGACAAUUAAGCAGGUUGAUCUUUGCAACUAUGUCUCAGUCAAUGGAGCCACUGCACACCCCCACAUUGAAAGUGAUGGAACUGUUUACAACAUUGGUAAUUGCUUUGGGAAGAAUUUUUCAAUUGCCUACAAUAUCGUAAAGAUCCCUCCACUGCAAGCAGACAAGGAAGAUCCAAUAAGCAAGUCAGAGGUCGUUGUACAAUUCCCCUGCAGUGAUCGAUUCAAGCCAUCUUACGUCCAUAGUUUUGGUUUGACUCCCAACUAUAUUGUUUUUGUGGAGACACCAGUCAAAAUUAACCUGUUCAAGUUCCUUUCUGUAUGGAGUCUUUGGGGAGCCAACUACAUGGACUGUUUUGAGUCCAAUGAAACCAUGGGGGUUUGGCUUCAUAUUGCCGACAAGAAAAGAAGAAUGUACCUCAAUAAUAAAUACAGGACGUCUUCUUUUAACCUCUUUCAUCACAUCAAUACCUAUGAAGACAAUGGGUUUCUGAUUGUGGAUCUCUGUUGCUGGAAAGGAUUCGAAUUUGUUUAUAAUUACUUAUAUUUAGCCAAUUUACGUGAGAACUGGGAAGAGGUGAAAAAAAAUGCCAGAAAGGCUCCCCAACCUGAAGUUAGGAGAUAUGUACUUCCAUUGAAUAUUGACAAGGCUGACACAGGCAAGAAUUUAGUCACACUCCCCAACACAACUGCCACUGCAAUUCUGUGCAGUGAUGAAACAAUUUGGCUGGAACCUGAGGUUCUCUUUGCAGGGCCUCGCCAAGCAUUUGAGUUUCCUCAAAUCAAUUACCAGAAGUAUGGUGGGAAACCUUAUACGUAUGCAUAUGGCCUUGGCUUGAAUCACUUUGUUCCAGACAGGCUCUGUAAGCUGAAUGUCAAAACCAAAGAAACCUGGAUAUGGCAAGAGCCUGAUUCAUAUCCAUCAGAACCCAUCUUUGUUUCUCACCCAGAUGCUAUGGAGGAAGAUGAUGGUGUGGUUCUGAGUGUGGUGGUGAGCCCUGGGGCAGGACAAAAGCCUGCCUAUCUUCUGAUUCUGAAUGCCAAGGACUUGAGUGAAGUUGCAAGGGCUGAAGUGGAGAUUAACAUCCCUGUCACCUUUCAUGGACUAUUCAAAAAAUCCUGAGCAUGGUCUAGCAAGAUAUUGGUGUUUCCGUUUUAGUUUCUAAAGCUCU